CCCAAAUCUCCUCUACUUUCAUGGUGAACGGUGAGUAACGACAUCCCUAGAACUUUUCACCAUCUCAGCGGCAGAAAAUAUUCCCAUUUCCUUAAAAUCGUGUACUGGCAUUACAAUAGCUGGUAAUAUUUCAGUUACACAAAACUAUAACAUCUACUCCCACAGCUAGUGCGUAAGAUUGUACGCUAUAACGAAUACACAUAAAGAGGAGCUUUUUUCCAAAGUAAUUAACGCUCUAACCACUCCGCCUGCAGGCUGUUUUCUGGUUUGUUCUGGGAACUUCAUUUCCUCAAUGCUUUGAUGGGUGCACCUAAGCUGAAGUGGACUCCUGAAGAAGAAGUUGCUCUUAGAGCUGGUGUCAUUAAAUAUGGGCCAGGCAAAUGGCGUACAAUUCUUAAGGAUCCAGAAUUUAGUGGAGUGUUGUAUCUGCGUUCAAAUGUAGAUCUCAAGGACAAGUGGAGAAAUAUGACUGUGAUGGCAAACGGCUGGGGUUCUCGAGAGAAAGCAAAGUUGGCCCUCAAAAGGAUGAUUCAGGCCCCUAUGCAGGAUGAGAGUUCUGUGGCUGUUACCUCGGCAGCUGAAUGUGAUGCGGAAAUUCCUGAAGCAAGGCCAGCCACAACUUCUAGAGGCUCUCCGCAGCUUGGUGGUUCAAGAAGAUCUAUCCUAAGGUUGGAUAAUCUUAUAAUGGAGACUAUAAGCAACUUGAAUGAGCCAGGUGGUUCCUACCAGGCUACCAUUUCUACGUACAUAGAGGACCAGUACUGGGAAACUCCAAACUUUAAGAGGAUACUCUUAGCAAAGCUGAAAUAUUUAACUGCAACUGGAAAACUCAUAAAGAUGAAGCGGAAGUAUAAAGUGGCGCCUAAAUUGACAUUCUCCAACAGAAGAAGAAACCUCCCCCUUCCCCUCCUGGAUAGCAGUCAGAGGAUCUGUUCUAAGGUUGAUCAGGAUGACAUAAACAUGCUAACUAGAUCUCAGAUAGAUUUAGAUUUAGAAAAGAUGAGGAAUAUGUCACCUCAAGAGGCAGCUGCUGCUGCUGCACAAGCAGUUGCAGAAGCAGACACAGCUAUAGCCGACGCUGCGGAGGCUGCCAGGAAGGCUGAGGCUGCUGCAGCUGAAGCCGAAGCUGCACAAGCAUUUGCAGAAGCUGCAAUGAAAACACUACAAGAGAGAAGCAUCCCAAGGAUGCGGAGGGGGUUUGAUGUUGGGGAGAGAACUUAAAGGCAGGCAUGGUGAGGUGUGAGGAAGCUGCUAAACCAUAUCUUCCUUAGUGGGUAAUCUUGAGUUAAGGCACAAGCAGUGAUAUGCGUCUGUACACGAACACACACACAUUUAGUUAUAUGUUUUUAUCUCUUUAAAUGUGUGUACUUGUCAAUGCAAAUAUGAUGUAGCCGUCUUUUAAGUUGAUUAGGAGGGUAUGGUACCUACUUAGUGCUAACUCUGUCAUAGUUGAUUGAAUUUCAGCUAUGUAGUUACUGUGUCUCAAUGCAGCAAUUGAUUUAUCCUCUCGUUAUUUUUUGAUGAAGUAAGAGAAUUUUAUUAAAGGCAUCAAGAAGAUGCACGAAGUACAAAAGAGAAAUACAUAAAGACAUAGUCAGCUCUAUAGACAAAAACUAGGCUAAAGCUAAAGAGCUGACGAAGUCCAAAAGAUUAAUAGGACAAUUGACAGGAGCUAAGUUAUGCCAACUAUAUAACCAUAUAAGACAUCUAGCUUUAAUUGCGUAUGUUGGAGUUGAUAUCCCAUCAAAACAUCUGCGAUUCCUUUCUGUCCAAACACACCGCAAAAUACAUGAAGGGAUCAUCUGCCAUACUUUACUGAUGGAUUUAUCAACUUUUCAUGAAGACCAGCUUUCAUAGGUAUCCUUAAUGUUCUGAGGCAUGACCCAGCUUAAACUAAAGAUGGCAAAGAACAUACACCAGAUAUCUGCUGCAACUGGGCAGUGAAGAAAGAGAUGCCUUUGGAUUCUGGCUGCUGCAAACACAUAUAACAUCUGUUGGCCAAUUGAAAACUUCUUCUGCUGAGAUUGUCCUGGGUUAGGCAUGCUUCAUUUAGGGCUAUCCAACUGAAACAGGAGAUUUUUGUAGGUAGCUUGGUCUUGCAGAUGUAUUUCCAAGGCCAUCUAUCAAUGAUUUCAUUGGUGGAGCAAAAGUGAGUGUAGCCUGCUUUAACGGUGUAAAGGCCAUCCUUGGAACUCCCCCACCUUAUACUGUCAAAAGUAUUUUCUUUGACUGAGAGGCCAUCCAAUUUUGUCAGCAGAUUUAGAAGUUGUGGAACCUCCCAGUCCUGCAUAUCCCUCCUGAAAAGAAUGUGCCAACUAUUGUCUUGCCACUUUUGAGAAAUAGUGGAAUCUUGAUUCUGAGCUAUCCGAUAAAGGCUAGGAAAGUCAAACAUCAGGAUGGAUCCUUCAAACCAUUUAUCUUUCCAAAACUUUAUGUGAUUGCUAUUCCCCAAUUUAAAGUAGGAGUUCUCGGAAAAUUCACUCCAGAGCUUCCUAAUGUUCUUCCAUGGACCGACCCCAUAUGGACUUCUGGACAGCUUAGUACACCAAUGAUUCUCGGACCCAUACUUGGCCUUGACCACCUCUUUCCAUAGUGAGUUCUCCUCUUGAUUGUGUCUCCAUAGCCAUUUCAUCAACAUGCAUUUGUUGUGGAUGGAAAGAUCUCUGAUGCCUAGGCCAACCAAAUACUUUGGCAUGGUGACCUUUGACCACUUGGCUAGAUGAAAUUUAUGAACUUUGCUGCCUCCUUCCCAUAGGAAUGUUCUCCUGAUCUUGUCAAGCUGCUUUAAAAUUUUGUUGGGGAUUGGUAUGAGUGUUGGGAUGCUAUCUAGCACACUGUUGAUUAGUGUCUGCCUUCCUCCCAUUGAAAGAUACUGCCUUUGCCAUGAAGCUAGCUUCUUUUCAAAAAUUUCAAGGACUCCAUUCCACACCUCAAUUGAGUUAUGUUUUGCUGCAAGAGGUAGACCAAGGUAUGUAGUAGGUAAUGUAGCAGUAUGACAACAUAGAAUUCCAGCUAGUUCCUCCAGAUUGUUGACUUCAUUUAUAGGGUAGAUAGUGCUUUUUGCCAUGUUAAUGUGCAAACCUGCAAUAGCUUCAAACAAAUUCAAGGUUAGGUUAAGGUAUAGGACUUGGGAUCUUUCAGCCCCACAGAAGAUCAGAGUAUCAUCUGCAUAAAGCAAAUGAGAUACUGAGAGAGAUGGGCCAGAGUUAAGCCCCACUUGAAAGCCACUAAUCCAUUGUAGCUGCUUCGCUUUGUCCAACAUCUUGCUAAGGCCCUCCAUGGCCAGAAUAAAAAGGAAUGGAGAGAGAGGGUCUCCCUGUCUAAGUCCCUUCUGUGGGGAAACGAAUCCCAAUGGCCCUCUGUUAACAAGUACCGAGAAUUUAACUGUGGUAAUGCAAAACUUCAUCCAUUUAAUCUACCUGUCACCAACACAGUUAGAAGAUAUGCCCAAUUCACCUUAUCAAAGGCUUUUUCUACAUCUAGCUUGCAUAAAAUACCAGGAUUUCCAUUCUUCAAUUGCCAGUCUAAUACUUCAUUUGCAAUGAGGGUUGCAUCAGUGAUUUGUCUGCCUUUUAUAAAGGCAUUCUGAUGUCCAGAAACCAGACCACCGACCAUUUUCUUGAGCCGUUCUGCAAGUAGUUUGGCUGCUAUUUUGUGAACACUACCAAUCAGACUGAUUGGUCUAUAGUCCUCGAGUUCAAUGGCUCCCUUCUUUUUGGGAACUAAGGCUAUAAAAGAGGCAUUGCAAGACUUCACCAUGUGACAAUUAUGAUGAAAGAAAUUCAGGGCAGCCAUCACCUCUUCCUUAAUGAUCAAUCAUGCUUUCUAGAAAAAUGCCAUUGUGUAACCAUCUGGCCCUGGAGCCUUAUCUGGAGAGUAUGUUUUAAUAGUAGAAAGGACCUCCUCCUCCUCAAAAGGAAUUUCCAAUCAUGCUUUGUCUUCUUCUGAUAUUCUUUCCAGAUCAUCAAGACUGGCUGUGGGUCUCCACUGUUCAGACUCGGUGUAUAGUUGUUGGUAAAAAUCCAGAAUUUCCCCUUUUAUCUGCUCCUUAUCUUCAAUAAUCUCAGAAUCAACCAUAAGUCUGUCAAUGCAAUUAUUUCUUCUAUGGGAGUUCGCAAUUCGUUGAAAGUAUUUGGUGUUCCUAUCUCCUUCUUUGAGCCAUAGGCCCCUGGACUUCUAUCUCCAUGAAAUCUCCUCAGCUUUUCUAUUUGCUCAGAUUCUAAUUUUAAAGCAAACAUUUUACUUUUUUCCCCUACAGUUUGAACCCUAUUCUCCGUGAUCUGUUCCAACACUAAAAGUUCAUCUAAAACUUUGCUCUUUCUUGACUCAACCUUGCCAAAGACUUCCUUAUUCCAGCAGGAAAUGUCUUUCUUCAAUAGUCUCAAUUUCUGAAUUAGAAUAUAGUCUGGACUCCCAUGUAUGGUAUAGCUAUUCCACCACUCUUCAAUAUUCUCCAUGAAACCAUCUGAUUUUAACCACAUGUUCUCAAAUUUGAAGUAAGAUGGAUUCACCUCCCGGUCCCCACUCUCCGCUCUCCAGAAGUAAAGGUUUAUCAUCAGAAAAAACCUUGGAAGGGCAAUCUGUUUCACAUCCUUAAAGCAUUAUUCCACUCUGGGGAUAUAAGAAAUCUAUCUAUUCUAGAUGCCUGAUAAAUGUCUUCUCCCCUAGACCAUGUGUAGAAGGCACCUUGGAGAGGUAAAUCAAUAAUUCCCAGGUCUUGAAUGAUAUUAGAGAAACCCCUCAUUGCUCUGAAUCUUAUAAUGCAGUUGUGCCUUUCAUUCUCAUAUCUGCAAACAUUAAAAUCUCCCCCUAUCACCUAAUUCUCACUCCACAUACCCCUAACUGCAGCCAAUUCCACAUGUCCUCUCUUUCCUGAUUGGUGUGAGGACCAUAAAUCCUUGUAAAGCACCAUCUGAACUCUUCUUGUGUGCUCUCCAAUAUGCUUGAAAUAGAAAAAGUCCCCUUGUGUACCUCCAAACAAUUCCAACGUCUUCUAUCCCAUAGUAUUAUGAUGCCCCCCCUUGUACCACAUGACUUAGGCUCUGCCCAAUCAACCCACCUGUUACCCCAAAUCUGUCUGGAGAGAUUAACAGACCAAUCCUCUAUUUUUGUUUCUUGCACACAAAGAAUAUCGAUCUUCACUUGUGAACCAAUGAGCUAAGAGUACCCCUUUUACUAUUAUCAUUCAACCCAUUCACAUUCCAGCUCAAAAUUUUGAGCUUCAUUCAGAAAAAGCCUUGUAGUGCCCCCUAUCUCUUUUGUUCACCCUUUCAUAAUUGAUCCCACAUUUCAGCUUGUUAAUUUCAGUUUCCCCCUUCUUCUUACUGUGUUGUUUAUCAACCCUUUCAUAAUUGAUCCCACAUUUCAGCU